CCUCCCCCCUGCGGCCCGUCACCCUUAUCGCCUGAGUAGCGUGACUGAGGUCCAUCUGCUGUGGUAGGGCAUAUCGCUCCGAGCCAUUCCCACCAGCUGGGUGCCGGGUGUCCAUGUCUCCUCCUGAGAUGGUGGACGGCAACCCGGCGUCGACCGUGGUGGGCCCGCAGCGCAGUGAUGCCGUCUGGCCAGAGCUGCCAGCGACGCCGGACGGGGAUGUAGGCGCAACUUGCCCCAAAGCUGCGGUUCCUUGUGGGCUGGCUGCGGCACCCCCAGACGACCCGACUCUUCUCGAACACUCUCUCCCGCAACCCUAUCCAGCACCCUCCGCCCCUCCCCAAGACAUCCCAACGCCCCUACACGAGGACGGGCCGGAUCUCAGUCUUAACUUCGCCGGAGCCGCUCUGCCGCCGACUGAUGUGUCGCUGCCUGCCCCUCCAGUGAAGACUUCGCACAAUCUGCGCCUUCCCCCAUUCGAUCUGCUAGGUAUCGCUGCUCCGCAUCCAGAUCGCGUCCCCCUCCGCUCCAACUUGUCCUUCUCGUCCCUGGGCGCUGGACCUCUCUCCAAGCCCGAGGACCCUCUCCAUGCACUCAGCCCGCCAUUGGGUCGACUGCGCCAGCUUGACGGCGUCGACGAGCCCUGCGCUGCCAGCCCGGAGGCCGCCAAGGCCCAGGUAGAGCGCCUUGUGCCCAUCGUCACUCCGCCGCCGUCGGAGCCGGGGACGAUCAACUGGGGCGCGUUCGUGAAUGUCAGGCCGGCUGGGCUGGGGUCGCCGCCAAGUUCUGAGCCGGGAGUGUCGCCCAGCCUCACCAUCACAGCAAGCGCGUCGUCUCCGGUACCAACAUCGACUGUGGUUGUGCCAACCGCGAACCUCGGCGGAACAGUAGGAAUGGCACCCUGGGUGCAGAGUGUGAAGGAUACACUCACUUCCGAAUCAGGAUGCCAGAGCCUCAGCUCCGUCAAGGUCUUGACCCAUGCCCUUCCCUGCCCCUCGAUGGAAGGCCAUCUCUUUGGCCAGGUCAUUGCUACCGUUCACGACAGGACUACCGCAACCACGGCGUGGAUCAACGUCUUUCAUGCCGUGCCCGGCCGCUUCACCCUCUCCGACCUCCCCAAAUCCCCGCCUUCCACGCCUGGCCCGGCCGUUGGCGGCGACGAAUACUUCACCAGCAAGGUGUUCGACAGCGCCGUAGCCAUUCCAGACUACCAGCUCGAGUCGAAGCUCCUGCCUCCUUCACCAAGACCCGUCGUUCCGCCCGGAAGCGUCAACAUCUCCAUCGUUGAGCGUUACAUACCGCCUACUAACACGAAUGAGUACUCAGAGAUGUUCUUGCUCAAAGGUCGCUCCUUGCUUCACGACCGCCUUGUCGAACUGACACCGGAGAACGGCCUGCUCCUGUUCGUCUAUCCGACAAAGACUGGCGCGCGGACUUUCAUGCACGACUACCUCGGCCCGAUUCUCGAUCCGCUGCUUCGGUCCAUCACCGUCGUGCACGAACUGUCGUCUGAUCUGGGGAAGAGUCUUGGCCAGAUGAGCGCCGUUGCGCACCUUGACGAAUACGGCCGUAUGAAAUCGCAAGUCGAGAGGUUCUGCAAGGUGCUCAGCGAGCGGCCAAUAAACGAUCAGCGUGCGACGUACACAGUGAUUCAUGCCUCCAGAGAAGAGGUGAUCCUCAGCCGGUCUGCGUGGGCGGAAGAUUGGUGGAUAAAGCAAGAGAAGCCAAGGGUCCGGGAGACGGUCAGCAAGUACUUCCGCAAGGCUAAGAGGCUGCCGGAGUCCGAAAUGACAGGAUCGCACCUGAUCCAAGAGGUGCUGGAUGGGGUUGCGAAUCGAAAAUACGAUCGUGUAGACGACACGGAGGAAAUUGCCCAUCCAACAACAGGAGUCGAAGUGGGCGUCUUCAUUAUCAAGAAAACCAGCUGAAAGUCGGUGCGGCGGGUCCCGGGUACGCAGCGGGUUGUGACGGCUUCCGCUCCUUGGCCGAGAUCUCAGCAGCACCGGUUUCCAGUGGAGGCAUUGUGGUUCACGCGGGAAUGAUACGAGGUAACGUCGUCUAUGGAUAGCAUGGCGUUUAUGGGAGCGGUGCAUGGCUAAUACCCUUUCCGCAUAGCAUUGGCAUGGCGUUGGAGGAAUGGGACCUGGCAAGAGUCGUAAAACAAGGGACAGAAUAUACUAAUC